GUUUUGGAAUAGUUUUGGCAGAUGCCUCGGUGCACUAGAUACUUUGUAACUCUCAGCGCGCUAUCAACACCCCGUCCUGUCCAGAGAUGGUGAACCGCCCCCCGCUGUAGCUUCCCUUCCAAGCUAAGGACAUGGAGGAGUGCGAGACCCCCCCGGCCAGAAUUAAAAGGAAGGCCUGGGCUCAGAGCCGAGACUCCUGGCAGGCUUCUGGGUCUCAGAAUCAGGACUCAGAGGAGCAGCUGUCUGCCCAGCCUAUGGAGGAUAAACCGUCCGCAGCCUCACAAUCAGGUCCUAUUCCAAACAAAAUAGCAAGCUGGCUCAGAGACUGCAGGACUCCACUUGGGUCGUCUUUGGAUGAACAGAGCACCAGUCCGUUCAAAGGACUGUUAAAGAAUGGCUGCAGUUUUGAAGAUGACCUCUCCCUGGGAGCCGAGGCCAAUCAUCUCCAGAACAGCAGCCCACAACCAGAGGCCAAUGGCUAUGAACUGCAAGCCAAGGCCAGAAGGAGCCAGUUUAAGCAGAAGGGCCGAAGCAUGAACUCCACAGGCUCAGCAAAAAGCAGCACCACGGUGUCCAGUGUUUCAGAAUUGCUGGACCUGUAUGAGGAAGAUCCAGAAGAAGUUCUUUACAACCUCGGUUUCGGCCGGGAGGAGCCAGACAUAGCCUCAAAAAUCCCUUCUCGUUUCUUCAAUUCCUCGUCUGGUGCCAAGGGUAUCGACAUCAAAGUUUACCUGGGAGCCCAGAUUCAACGUAUGGAGCUAGAGAACCCAAACUACGCCCUGACAAGUCGUUUCCGCCAGACCGAAGUUUUGGCCACCGUGGCGAACGUGUUCUCCGAGAUCUACUCCCAGGUGUCCGGAAGACCCACGGAAAAAAUCGGCAACGGUGACCUAGAGACCAAAAUCCCUUCCCCGCUAAAAAGAAAAAACUCUGCUCUAAAUGCAGUCAAGAUCCUGAAACGGACCAUUACGAAACACAACUUGUUGGCUCCUUCAACUGAAGCAGACGCCAAACAGCUUUCAUUGUCUGACGUUGAAGAGGGCGCGAACCCCAGUUUACGAGACAAGCUAAUGGAUGCGGAGCAGAAAGCGCAGCAGAAAACCUUCAGAAGAAAAGAUUCUUCUCUGCCCACUGUGACCGAGGAGGCCCAGCAAGUUAUGACGGAAAUUUCCUUUAAUGGAGACAUAAUUGGACCUGUAAUGAACGGUGACCACUCCCACUCGCAUUCUUCCGAGAUAUCGGUUGUGGACAAAGACAUGCCAGAUUCUCCGGUCCUGGUGAGCAUCAGUCGGGCAAAUGAUGAGAGUGACCUCUCAAAAGAGACCCUUGAAGAGCAAGGACACCAAAAAACCAUCACUUCCACCCCAGACAAAGACCAGCCAAACCUGCUGCCCAACCCGCACAUGGCCCACCUACUCAGUCAGCCCAGAGACUCUUUUGAAAUGGAGGAGUUACAAAGUAAUGAGGAUGAAGGUCUGCCUGUACCUGGAGGGAUGUCCGGACCCGGCAGUGAACGUUUUUUAAGGACCACUAGUCAGCAAUCAGAUAGCAGUGGGUUUGCAGAGGACCCAUCCACAGAUGGUUCGGGGACUCAUCUAAAGGUGCAGGAAAGUUCUGACAGCUGUGACAGUGAAACUACAGUGACAUCACAUGUUGGAGAUCCCACCACACCGGUCGCUUUGGAAUACCCCAUUUUUGUGAAAGCCUACCUUCAGCCUACCAAAGGCGGUUCAGGCCAGAAUGGAGACAACCAGGAAGAGUUCCUGAGCUUAGAAGUUCCCAGUCCUAACAGUUGUAUGAAUGUUCCUCUCCUUUCUCUUAAACAAAACUCUGUCAGAGAAUCCACAGUUGUUUUCACCACAGCGCAGGAACCCAACAAAAACUCUUUGGACGUUGGUUCUGGCACCAUUGUAGACCCGACAUCAGAUUCUGUCUCGAAUGUAGUCUGUACCUCUGAAGCUGAGCAAGGAAACAUGUCCAAGUCUGGUUUGGACGUGGAUCCACAAACCAACAAACUUAAGUCUUCUGAAAACUUUUGUGGUCCAGAAUCUUCAACUUCACCUCACAAUGCUUCGGAUCCCCUGACACUACGGAGACAAUUCGCCCUCCACGUGACCAAUCAGAGGUCUUCAUCUCUGUGUGAAGAACGUCCCGGAAGAGUGUGGGUGAGGGAUAGGGACUUGCUAACUGGGACUGAAAACCUUGAUAGAAAUCCUCUACAGAGAUCCAGCUCUCUUCCAACCUCUCCACAAAGCCCGUCCCGUGUGGUCACCUCUUUGCGCAUCCAGCUCGGUAGAGGGUCUGUCAAGCGCUGUACGCCACCCUCAUACACGUACCACUAUGAGGACGGGACGCAUGGAGACCGGGAAGAGGUGGAUUCUAUCAUCGAAGAAGACGAAGACGUGGACCGCCUCGACUGUCAUUCUGCGCCUUUUCAUUCGGCUCCAGCAGGGGGCGACAUGUCUGGGUUUGCCUAUGGAACUUCACCGUACCCUCUCAACCUACCCCAACAUCUGACUCGCUCAUCUAGUUCCCUUUAUAGCAUCCCUGCCGACUGGCCCCAGAGACCCCUAGGGGAGGGAACAUCCUGGAGCACGUGCAGUGUACCAAAUCUAGCACACUUUACAGGCCCCGCCCACCCUCCUCCUCCUCCUCAUGGGUCCAUCUACUCACCGCACCUCAGAAUGACCCACAACUCCUCUUACCCCACCAGCCUCAGUCAUAUUCCCCAUCACAGUCCCAUGCCUCAUCUACCGAACCUAAAUGGUCCCCCAACACUCAGAGCAAUGUCUUUACUCCACCACAGGGGUCGCCAUUUACACCCCAGCGCAAUAUGCAUUUUGCUCAUCCUUACUACAACCCCUCAGGUUCCUUCCAUUCACCCCAUAACUAUCCUCAGAGCGCUCCCUACGCCUCCUCACUCGACCCAUAUCAACCUCACAUCCCUCUACUGCCUGAACGGCUAUAACAAUUCUCAACAUCCUCCCGGCACCCCUCCCUUCCAUCCAUAUUACCCUCUCUCUUAUCAGACCCCACCUGCACCCACCCCUGCCCCUGCGGUAGGCAGCACCGAAAUGCAGCUCAGGAGGGUCCUGCAUGAUAUCCGUGGCACAAUGCAGAACCUCAACCAGAGCUCAUCUGUGCACGGAGGGGACACACCCGUAGACAGGAUCAGUACGCCGCACUCCGUCCAACCUCUUUAUGAGGAGCUCCAGAUGCGUCGCAGGUGUCUGAACGUGUUCCGGACUCAGAUGAUGGAUCUGGAAUUGGCUCUCAUGAGACAACAGUCUAUGGUCUACCAGCAUCUCAGUCCAGAUGAGAGGCGGGAGGCAGACCAGCUUCAGACGCUGCGCACUGCAGUCAGACAGGAGCUGCAGGAGUUAGAGCUGCAGCUGGAGGAUCGACUGCUCAAUCUGAAUGAACAGAUGCGCAGCAGCUCCCAGAACAGCGGCAUCUACCGCCACCACAUGGGCAUGCAGAGUGGUCAAAGCUUUGACAGCCUGUCGAAUUCAACAGCCCUUCAAGCUAUGGAGCCUGUGAAUGAGCUCUUAAGAGAGCAGUUGUACCUUCAGUCUGAGUUGGGAUAUGAGGAUGCCUCUACCACUUCUGGACGUUCAACGAGAGCAUCCAGCCCCGGGAGAUUCAGCCGAACGCUCGAGGAUUGCUCUCCUUCCCCAAAGCAAGUUGGAGUUUACCGGGCCACCCUCAGCCUCACGCCUUCUGUUCCUCCACGGCCUGGAGCAGAGGUUCCACGGCCCGUAUCUCCAGAGGAAACGGAGCAAAGCAUCUCACCCACUUCUGUGGAGUUCAAUAGAGAUGAUGAUGAUGAUGACAGAAGCAGGGUGAUGGACGACUGCAGUCCCACAGAGUGGAGGAGUAGAAGUAGAGGCCAUGGUGACCUUAAGCAUCUCAUCCAGGAGAUUAAAGAGAGCAUCGCUUACGAAAUCCGACAGGAGAUUGUGAAUGAGCUUUUGGCUGCUGUGACACCUCAGAGAUCUCCUCUCCCUCCCAGGAAACCCCCGGUGUAAGAAAGAGGCUUCAGCAGGUGUGAAGAAGUGAAUCCUGUGAAAUAGUCACAUUGAACACUGGUUUAAGCCUUGCACUGAGAACGGCCCAGCUCCUUUCACUGGUUCUGUCCGUGAAGCCCGUUCAGACCCCACCUCUCCAUUCUGCUGCAUCAGGGUCCAGUUUCCAUUAAACUCCUUCAAUGUGUGAACCUGCGAAGGGCACAUGGCUUAUUGUGGUCUGGUACAUAUUACAGAAAUGUAAUGAAUAUCUUUGGGAUGUAUUUAAGUAUGUGAUGCUGGUCUUGUUGAAUGUUUGCAUUGGGUGAAAAAUAAGGGGGGGAGUUGUGCGUGUUUCUGUUAUUGUCUGUCUUUGACAGAAAUGUCUAAUGUAAUCGGUCUUGUUUUCUAAUGCAGCCUCUGUGAGGAACUAACUGUGCAAUACAUUUCAUUUUUUCACCCAAACUUGAACUGACCAAUCACAACUACUGUUCUAUAAUGCACACAGCUGUCUUCAUUGUCUGUUUAUGUCCAUCACACACUGUAUGUAUAGUGAGACACUUAAGCACAUUCCUAAACAUUUUCCUGUGAGACAAAAAGCACUAAAUACUCUGUGUUAGAAAUGAUCUUUUUUAUUCUUAUAGACAGUCUGAGAAAGCUGCUGUCUUUAUCUAAAAAGCAACGAAUGAAGUGUUUGUUUUGCUUUUAUUUUGUGAAUAAGAGAGAACAGAGGGAUUGUUUUAAUGAUGUUCAUCAUAAUUUUUGUCUAAGCUGUAAUGAAUUGUAAUACUAAUUGAUUUGUGACCGAGGGAACGCGUUCCCUGUUCACUUGGGAUGCAUGAGGGAUAAUCUUUAAAACAAAUCAUUAAUAAAGAUUUAUUUAUUUUGUACGUA